UCGUCCAGGAUAGGAGUAACUGGAGUCUGACAGGGCCAGGAGUAUUGGAAGGCUGGAUCGUCGCCAAUUGAGGAGACUCCCAUGCUGUAAGCGAGCGAGAGAGGAGUGACGGACGUGCAGUACAAAUAAAACUUAAGGAACGACGAAGAACAAGGAUGUCCAGAAGGUUGCCGAAGUUCGAGGCUCUCGUGGUUAACGCGAUCAGGCGACUUCAGACCUCCCAGGGAUCUACCGCCUCUGAGAUCGCCAAUUACCUUCACCAGGAAUAUGACGUCAGUGGGCCCGAGAUACGACGACAGAUUCAGCAAACUAUAAGGCGCGGCGUCAACUUCGGCAUUCUCGAAAAAUCGAAAAGGGGCUACACUACCUGCGACCACAAUAUCACGGAGCAGCAGGAAAGCCAGGACUUGAACGACUGCUACAACUGUAGACGAAACGCGAGACGGAGACAGACGAGAAAGCAGGGCUACCCGCGCUCGAAACGAAGCCAAAGUCGUAGGCGCAGCCACGCCAGACGCUCGAAAAAAUUGCGCAGGAAACGGAAGGCCUCUAUGUCCCCGAGGAAGCAGUACAGCACCUCCAACAGCGUCAAGUCGAAGAAGAUGUCGGACCAGGAUGAUGGGCCGCACAGAAGGCAGCCGACCAACAAUUCGAAUCAGAGCUCCUCGAACUCCAAGAGCCAGAUUUACAACAGCGACGACAAGCGUGAGACAUGAUGCGUCCCGCCGAUUAAUCGCAUUCUCCACACCCAGCAGCUAAAUCAGCCAGCUCUGUCGUAUCCCACACCCAUACUGUUUUUUGUAAAUGUUUACAAUCGUUUGGUCAACUUUUGAAUUUUUACCUUCGUCAUUUUCGAUAUUAUUGUUUAUCGCGUAGUACACACCUUUUUCUACGCUCUUUACUCUCAAGAAAAGUAAAUUGUUUGCACUUGUA